UCAGCUGCUUUCGUCAUUUGUCUCAGCUGCUUUCGUCAUUCAAAUAAAAAUUAUUUCUUGAACAUGUAUUAUAGCAAGUGUGUUCAGGAAUUUUUCAUUAUUGUUCUCGUGUUUGACUCGUCGUUGUGUGGCAUGAAUGAACCGCAAUGUUUCAGUCGGUUUGACUAUGACGAAAAAAUGUUGGAGAAAAUGGUGAGAGCUGAGAUCAAGGAUGAGGAGCUCCUCGGUAAACUAGAAGCGCUGGAACAGAGACUAGUGAACGUUGAAAAUAAGGUGGACAAUACAGUGAAGGAAAUACAAGGUAUAGAAAAGAAACACGAUGCCGAAAAAGAGGAGACAACAAAAGGGUUACGAGACAUUGAAAAGGCAUACGAUAGUUUACAAACUGAGUUAGAAAAGUUUGAAAAUACAACGACAUCCAUUUUUGACAAGCAAGAUAAAUGCCUUGAGGUAUACGAUCAACGUCUGGACGCUAGGUUCCGGAAUAGUACAGCGAAUAUGAACCACUCACCCGUUGCCUUCUUUGCUACCAUCUCGUCCAGUUUUACAACAUCAUCCUCCUAUCAGACGCUCGUAUUCGACAAAGUUCUCACGGACGUGGGCGGGGGUUACAAGCCGGGGACAGGCGUGUUUACCGCCCCGGUCAACGGUCUAUACGUAUUCUCAGCUUCUGUCAUGGUUGACCUGUCCACGUCGGCAAGCUCCGCCCAUAUCAGCAUAAACAAGAAAAGCAGUCGCGUAGUGUAUCUCUUUGUAAAUGACAGUGACGGUAACUACGAGACAGGCGUGGGCACUGUCAUUCUCUCGCUGCAGGUCGGGGAUACUGUAAAGUUGACAUGCAAUGAAAGUGAACGAACCAUUUUUUACUACUCGUUCAUUUCCGGUUUUAGAUUGUAAUCAGCGCAUGUAUCUGCACAGAACAUUCAAGUGGAUUGAGGUCUCUAUCAAAAUCAAAUCAUUUUAUUUUAAUUAAUCGAAAUCCUAUUUAAUUCGUUCUUUUGAAACUUUCUGAGUGUGUGUCUUCUAGUUUGUCAAAAAUUAGAUGCUCCUGAAAAACAAAAUGCAUGUACAUGUAUUAUAAAUGUUGAA